AUGUUGUUUGUUAACGUCAUUUCGACUAUCAUACUGGCAGGCUCAGUCGUGGCAAUCCCCUUUCGUGUGCCACCCCCUCAAAGUAAGCGGGAUGUCAAUCCUGCGCUGGUCCCAUCCUUUGGUUGGCAAUCUGGCACUGGAAACUGUGACGGUGCUGUGAAUGGCACUAAUGGGAAACCUAUCCUAGUACCUUGCCAAUGCCCGCCAAACUCAACGUUCUUCCUUACCAAUCUUAAUAAAAACGUGGCAGCGGGUUUUGUGACAACAAACCCCACCGUGAAGCUCUCUUUUCCGACGGACAAUAGCACUACAUCUCAGCUUGCUCGUUUAAAUGCAGCAGCGGUGACUUUGCAAAACCUUGAAGGUCCUGGCGUUGGUUGCCCAAUUUCUUCUACCACUUUCUCUGCACAGGGGAAAGCGAUCAGUGCAGAGACGUCUACCAACGGGUCUUCAAGUGCUACGCCUCCAUUAAUGUCUACGGCCGCUUCAUCUACCACCACAUCUUCAGGUUUUGUUUCCGCAAUGUCUACAGCUGUAUCAACCACACCCGCGGAUUGCAGUGUCCCAACGAGCACUUCUAACACGAGCACUGCCGUCCCAACGAGCGUCGCUUCAAGCAACACUUCCGUUUCGCCCACUGAUGAGCAGAUUGCCACUCUGGCACCGCCACUUGGAUGGCAAGCUGGAAUCAACCCAGACGGCACUGGCAAUUGUGAUGGUGCCGUUAAUGGUACAAACGGGAAGCCAAUACUCAUCCCAUGUCAAUGUCCCCCUGAUCAGACGAAUUAUAUCGCGAACCUGACUGCCAAUAUUCGCGCGGGCCAUUACAGCCUCGCAAAUGCGCGUCUGAAUGCUGCUGCUGUUACGAUACAGAACUUGAAUGGUGCUGGGAAGGGCUGUCCGAUCGUGUCCACCACGUUCAGUGCACAACAGAAGGCAAUUAAUGCCGAAAGCACUUCUUGA